AUGAAGCAACAGAAUUUAACAGGACGAAAAGAAUUAGGAGAAUUCUGCGAACAGUUUGCUUAUGAACUAGGUCUUAAGUAUCCUGCUAAAACUAGGAAGGUUUCCCAUAAGAAACAGUCUAAAUCCAUCCGAAGAAAGUCACAUAAGACGUAUCCACAAAAACCUAAGAAGAAGUUUUAUUCCAACAAAGCUUCAACUACAGGAAAAAGUAAAGGAAAAUCCAAAUCAGAAAUUAAAUGUUAUAAGUGUGGCCAAAUUGGUCAUUAUGCAAACCGAUGCAAAUCUAAAGUCAAGACCAAGAUUAAUGAGUUAAAUCUUGAUCCAGAUAUUAAAAGACAACUUCUCCAAACAAUAGAGGAAGAAUCAACCGAAGAUAAGUCUCCUUCUGACGAUGAAAUUAAUGAAUUAUUUUCACCCUCCAGUAGUGACGAUGAACAAGAUGAAUCUGCUUGCCCUUGUUCAACUAACCAGGAUCAACUGUCAGAAAUUAAUUAUUGGAAAUCAAUAGUUGAAAUGAAUGGUUUACAUCUAGGUGAGCCUAGCAGUAUUAAUGUGUUAACUGAUGCACAAAAAGAUAUGCUAGCAGUAGCAGAUCAAAUCCAGGAUCCAGAAAUAAAAAUUAAAUAUCUAAAAAUGUGUUAUGAACGCCAGCAAACAGUUCAAGAACAACCUUUAAUACCAGUACAUUCUUACAAUCUUCAAGAUGUGUUUAAAAGAAUUCAGACUCUAAAUUCUACCUCUGUAGAACAACCGACAACAAUUCAUGACUUAAAAAUGGAAAUAAAUAUUUUAAAAACAGAAGUUAAACAUUUACAAACAGCCAGUGCAGCUACUAUUAAAGAUAUCAAAUAUCUUCAUAGUCAGCUCAAGAUAAAAGAACCAGAAGCAACUAAACCAGUUGAAUCAGAGAGGCAGCCAGAAUCCUCAAACCAAUAUUUAUUACUUGUAAAUCAAGUCACUUUCCAGAAAUGGUAUAUAAAAAUUUCAUUUAUGAUCCAACCCGACUUUUGGAUUAAAGAUGCUAUCGCCUUAGUUGAUAGUGGUGCAGAUAUGAACUGUAUUCAGGAAGGUCUAGUUCCCACCAGAUAUUUUCAAAAGACUACUCAAAGUCUAACCAGUGCUAGUGGAAACUCACUCCAGAUCAGAAAAUUGACCAAACAGGCUAUUGGCAAGUGCAAAUUGCAGAACAGGAUCGCUAUAAAAACAGCUUUUACAGUACCCUUUGGGCAUUAUGAAUGGAAUGUCAUGCCAUUUGGCCUUAAAAAUGCUCCAUCCGAAUUUCAGCAUAUCAUGAAUGAUAUUUUCACUCCUUUUACAGAAUUUGCUUUAUCUUAUAUUGAUGAUGUUUUAAUAUUUUCCUCAUCAAUAGAUCAGCAUAUUAAACAUCUUAAUAUUUUUAAGAAUGUUAUUAUCAGAAAUGGAUUAGUUAUUUCUGCACCUAAGAUGCAGUUAUUUCAAACAACAGUUAGAUAUUUAGGACAUAAUAUUUCCAAUGGAAGUAUUAUUCCUAUUAACAGGAGUAUGGAAUUUGCUUCUAAAUUUCCAGAUGAAAUUAAAGAUAAAACCCAGUUACAGAGAUUUCUUGGUAGUCUCAAUUAUGUUAGAGAUUAUUACCAUCCGUUAUCUGCAGAUGCUAACAUUUUAUACACCAGACUUCGAAAGAAUCCACCACCAUGGUCAGAAGAACAUACUUUAGCAGUGAAAAGAAUUAAGGCUAAAGUUCAACAGUUACCUUGUUUACAGUUACCAAACCCUAAUUGGAAGAAAAUUGUUGAAACAGAUGCAUCCAAUGAAGGAUUUGGUGGGAUCUUAAAACAGCUUAAUCCCAAUACCCAGAAAGAAGAAUUGUUAAGAUUUCACUCUGGACAUUGGAAUAAAGCCGCUUUAAAUUAUCCAACCAUCAAACAGGAAUGUUUAGCUAUUGUUAAAUGUGUUAUUAAAUUUCAAGAUGAUCUUUUAAACCAGCAUUUUCUCAUCAGAGUUGAUUGCUCUGCUGCUAAACAGAUUUUUAAAAAAGAUAAAUCCCAUCCUGAAGAGGAAUGA